ACGAAAAUAACGCGUCAUGAGAAACAUGGCGGAUUAGUGUGUGUGUGCAUGGGGUCCGCUACUUGCCAGACGGUCGUCGACAAAUGAAAAGCUCAUUUCUGACAGAAAGCGACUUUUUCUUCAACAGGUCAAAAUGUUUCGACGGUCAAGAUUUAGCAUUCGGCCCAAUGUUGCGACAGCAGGAAGAGCAACAGCAGCAGCAGCAGCAGCACCUCAGGACGCCCCCUCAGUGAGCCAGGAGUCCAGUGAGACCCUCAAAGACACCAAUGAGAGCAGCACUGCUACUGCUGUGACAGAUAACAAGUCUGCUGGGACACCGGAAAAACCUGCAGGCCCAGCGGAUGGUAAUGACCAAAAUGGGGAAGGUACCAGCUCCUCGGCAGCAGUCCAGAGGAGGAAGCGGUUUGCUAUCAAGCCCAAAGUGGCCCCAGGUCGCCCCUCCGCUCUUGCUCGGACGCCAAAGUCCCCCGCCAAGGCAGUUUCCGAAACUCCCAUUGAAGUCUCUGCCUCAGACCAUGAGAAGCCAACGACAUCUGGCCAAACUGAGACUACACCGGCCCCUCAGGGACUCCAGUCCCCAAGGCGACGGAGGCUUUCAGAAGAGAGCAAGCAGCUCAAAGUGCAACCUAAACCCAUCCUUACCCCUUCUGACAGUUCAGGACCUUCAGCUGUUCCUCCAGACCUCCAAACCCAUCUACCAGAGGACAGCAGCAAACCGUUAGAAAGCACGUCAGGUUGUGAAGUUAAAGACGUUCCUUCCAGACUACCAGAUAAAAUCCCCCUAUCUCUGCCAGACAAAGAAGCUAUUGAGUUAUCAGAGAAAGCCAAAACUCUGGUGUCCUCCAAGUACGGGCUUUCACUGUCACCUCCUGCGCUCUCUCUGAGUAGACUCCUGAAUAACCCAUCAGACUUACAGAGGCUCGCAAAGGCACGAAAGCUCAGAGAGUUGCUCAGAGAGGAGAUGCACAAAGAGAAGAAAAAGAAGAAAGCUGUGUCACGUGUGAAGGAGUUUACUUUAGAUCCUGCCAAAAUGACCAUGAGGGACCUUAUCCGUUAUCUACCAGUGUCUAACCCCAUGACAUCUAGUUUAGAAGAUGCAGCUCCAGAGAAUGAGACUGUGGUCCCUCCUUCUCCAGGAAGAGAAGAGUCACCAGAGAGAGCACAGGAACCUAAAGCCCCCCCUAAAAUUGGAAGCCCCAGAGAGGAGGAAGAGGCGGUGGCGGCGGCAGCAGUGGCAGAGGGAGAGGAAGAGGAAGAGGAGGAUGAAGAAGCGCUCAUGGUUCCUCAGGUCAAAGUAGCAGAGGAUGGCUCGCUGAUCAUUGAUGAAGAGAGCUUGACAGUGGAAGUCCUGCGAGCCAAAGGUCCAAACCCGGCUCAGGAUCGAGACCCCAUCUUUGAGCGUGGCUCCACUACAACUUACUCGAGCUUCAGGAAAGGGACCUAUUCGAAACCCUGGUCCAGUGAAGAGACAGACAUGUUCUUCCUGGCAAUUAGCAUGGUGGGGACAGACUUUUCCAUGAUUUGUCAACUGUUUCCUCACAGAGCUCGAUCGGAGAUAAAGAACAAAUUCAAAAAGGAAGAGCGAGAGAAUGCCUGGAGGAUUGACAAAGCUUUCAGAGAAAGGCGCAAACUGGAUAUAGAGUAUUUUUCUAAGCUGCUAGAGAAGAUUCUAGAAGUUCAGAAAAACAGGAAGAAACUCAAGUCACUCGCUGACAAGAACUCCCCCAGGAAGCACAAGAAAAAGUCAAAGGGCAAAAAAGCAGCAAAGAACCUGAGUGAUGUGGAGGAGGAGGAUGAGGAAGAUGAGAACGAAAUGCCUGACUUGGAGGAGGGGGAGAAGGAGAAUGAGGGAGGAACUCCUGUUUCGAAGCCGAAGAGGAAACGCAAAAGAAAGACGGCCUCGACUGAGGAACCAGAUGACAAGAAAAACAAAACGGGUGAAAAAAGUAAUGAACAAGAUGAGGUCUGCAUACCCGAAGACGCAGAGGCAGCACUUCCCGAGGACCGUGCAAAUUCAGACAUGCCUGAAAAGACGCAGGAUGUAGAUGCAGCCAAGGACACCACAAUUAAGCCAGCUAAGCUCUCACGAGGCAGAGCGCCAAAACCACUGCUGCCUUUAGGCCGGAAGUGGGGUAAAAAGGCCCCACCACCCUCUACGAAGGCCAAAGACGAUGUGUCAGAUAAAGGGGACGAGAGUGUGAGUGACGGAGCCUCAAAGGAACAGGUAAGUAAAGAUGCAGCUAGUAAGAGGAAGUCAGACAAUGAUGACAUUUCAUCUGAGGAAGAGGAUGCCACCGUUCAACCUCCGAAACCUACCAGGUAUGGAAGAGUGCCCAAACCCACCAAGCCCUUGACUUACCCUGCCAAAGAGGAUGCACACUCCUCUGCAUCUGAAACCACUCCUGCCUCACCAGCGGGGUCCACCGCUGUCGCUGCCAAGCCGAAAAUCAAAUGCACAGCCAAGAGGGGAAGAUCAUCAAAGCUACAAUCAACCCAAGAGUCCAAAAAGCCCAAAUUGGUCACCCUCAGGGCUUCUCAGUCAGAAGACAGUGAUGAGGAGAACGAAAAGCAGUGGGAGGAAGAAGAGGUGGAGGAAGAGCAACACCCUGCGUGCAGCUUCAGUAAGGACGGCACUGCCCCUGCGUUCGUGCCCGCCAGCCUGCGCUCGCCACGUCCUGUAAUUUCAGAAGUGGAAGAGACUAUGGAGGAGCUUGAUAUCUUGGCCAAUAUGCCUGAUGUGUUGGGCAUCUCCCAAGAUGCUAUGUGCCCUGAUGCCUCUUGCGAGCUGGCACAAAAUGAGGCUGGCACUGUUGAACCAUGUGAACAUCAGCUGGACCUCCUGGUCGAUGUUAUAGACUUCCUUUCUUCAGAACACCCAGAAGUAACUGAGGAUGAGAGCUACAAUGAGGCUGCUCAAACCCUGUUGACCAUCGGCAACUUGGCUCACCUCGCUCAGCCAACUCAGAAUGAAACAGCCAUACAAGAUCACACAACAGAGAUACCGUCAGUCACUGUGGAUGAAACAAGCCAACACCAAGAAGUUGAGAUUGCACCAAAGCCUGCUGUGCAAGAGGAAAACAGUGCCAUGUCUGCAAUUUCUUGUCAAGUAGUCACAGAAACAUUAGAAAAUGUUGCCACUGUGGAGCCACAAAACAGCACAACAGACACCGUUGACAUGCCUAUUCUUGAAACAAGUGAUCAGAGGACUGCUCCUGAGAUGGACCCUACCCCUCAAUUGCAGUCAACUCCCGAGAGGUCAAAGACAAAUUCUCCACAAACCAGGAGAGGUCGCUUAUCUAAGUUGAAACCAAAACCUAACCUAGGCCAGUCCUCACGGACUGCAAAAUCCCGACCAGAGGCAUCAACAGAGAGGACGGUUGUAGAGAGCCACACAGUUGCUCCCGACCUUUCUCAAACCACUGAGACUCUAUCAGCUGCUGAUGAAACCUCUAAGACAGCAGACAGUAGUCAACAAUUGUCAAAAGAAGACAUUUCUUGUGUUGAAAUUAAACUUGCAGAAGAGCCAUCUGGAAGUCAGAUUGUUGUUGCUGCGACAUCAGAUCAGAGUAUCUUGGAAAACCAAAGUCCAAACCAAAGUUUGGAACAGGGCACCGGAAACUCCACCAGAGAGUCCACAGAUAAAAUGCUGACCUCUCCUGUUGGGACAACUAAGAGUAGUUGUAGUGAUCUGGUGCCAUCUGAGACAGGCUUGCAAGGGACAAUAAUAGAUUCAGCUCCAGUUCAGCAGAGUAGUGACCAUCCUACUUCAUGCAUUACACCUGUAGAAGAUUUACCUGUCAGUCAGAAAGAAGAGAGUGAAGACACUUCUACCCGACAGACCAGGAGGAGCAGAUUUCCGAAAGUCAAACCCAAACCCAACCUAGCACAUGCGUCGAGAACUGUCCAUUCUAAACCCCAAACCAUAAAAGACGCCAUAGAGAAAGACUCUAGUCCAACUCCAAAGCCCAAAUUACAUGAAAAAACAAUAGCAGAGGUUGAAGCAGAACCAACUUGCAGUCAAAUCACUGGUCCCACUUCAGAUUUGAUACCAUUGUUGGAUUUAGGUUCUACUCUUACACCCUCAGCUGAGGAGAAAAAGACAGAUGUCGGAGUUCUUGGACCGGUAGAAUCAAGUGCAGCAACAUCAGAUCAGAUUGCCUCAGAAAACCAAAACUUCUUUCAAUCUAGUAUGGAACAAGCCUCUAGAGACACAAGGACACCACCUGAGUCAACAGAAGAAAAACUGAUGUCUCAUGAUGGGGAAGCCCAGAGCACUGAUAGUAAUUUGCUGACAUCUGACUCACCAGAAUCACAAGUUGGACAACUUGGGCCAAACAUAGACUCAGCCACAGUCCAAGCAAGCAGCGAUCAUCCUUCUCCAUGUUUUACACAUGUUAAAGAGUUACCUGUCAGUCAGAAAGAAGAGCAUGAAGUUGCAUCUACUUCCCAGACAAGGAGAGGUCAGUUACAGAAAGUUAAACCCAAACCCAACUUACUACAGACAAGAUCUGUGCGGUCCAGACCUCAAACCACAAAAAACACUGAAACACAGAUGCAGCUCAUGGAGAAACCCUCCAGCCCACCUUUAAGGUCUGAAACCACUGACGGCACAAUAGCAGAAGCACAGACAACUUGCAGUACCACCUCUUCUGAAAAACCAUCCCAAAUUCAAACAACUGCCCCUUCUUCAGUUUCAGUACCAUCACUAAAAUCAUGCCCUACUCAUGAACCCACAGAGGAAUUAUCUUCAACAGAAGGCUGCAGGACAGAAGGAAGUGCUCUAGACUCAAGCUCAGAGGCCCCAGAACAAAAUGUACCUCAAAGAAGGCGACGCUUUCCCAAGGUCAAACCCAAACCCAAUUUAGGAUCCUCCACUAGAAUUUCGCAGACAAAACUACAGACAACUGAUGUCAGUAAACCAUUAGAACAGUGCCAUAUGGACACCUCUUCAAAUGUAACCGCAGUACAACAGGCCAUGGACAAUAACGAUGCACAAACAGAACUGAAACUCGCAGCGAAAGACAGUGAGCACUUGACAUCAACAAGUUCUUCGUUACAUACCGAACUUCUCAGCUCAACAAAGUUAGGACCUGCAGAGUCAGAGAAGUCACAAGAUGACACAAAAGACAGUGAGCACUUGACAUCAACAAGUUCUUUGUUACAUACCGAACUUCUCAGCUCAACAAAGUUAAGACCUGCAGAGUCAGAGAAGUCACCAGACGACACAAAAGACAGUGAGCACUUGACAUCAACAAGUUCUUUGUUACAUACCGAACUUCUCAGCUCAACAAACUUAGGACCUGCAGAGUCAGAGAAGUCACAAGACGACACAAAAGAUGUGGGUACGUCCUCCGAUGGUUUCGUCAUAGCAACAUCUUCGGUUUCUGAGAGUCAGUCUGUGGUGACCGACUCAGUUCCUGAAAAUAAGAGCCUUGAGAAACCCACAGCUGAAGGGGAAUCUACAGGGGACAAGGUGGAGGCUGGACCUGCUUCACAGGACACGUCCAUUACACCUACUGAGUCAAAUACCCAACUAACAGCUGCUAUUUCAGAUGUCCUGCCAUCAGAAGACGGUUCAAAAGAGUCAAACAUUAAAUCUGCUAAUACACCGUGCACAGCAGAUCCCAAAGAAAAAACUCAACAGCCACGUUCAGAGAAUGACUCUGAGGCACAAAGUCCAGCCGUAGUCCAACAGUGUUCUCAAACUACUGAAACUAACUUAACAGCUGCCCAAAGCACUGAUGAGCAUAAGUUAGAGUCAAAAGACUCUUCUGAGUCCUCAAGAAAAGCUCCUCCGAUUCGUAGAGGCCGGCUUGUUAAACCCAAACCCAAUCUGGGACGCAGCAGCCAACCUCCACAACCCAAACAAGUCCAGAAUAUAAAACAAGCGGAAGAAGUUUCUGGUAAUCACUCAGAAGAUGUGGAUGCUUCGAUUUCCCACAAACCUGUGUCUGAAAUACGACCUGACAUCCAAGAACCAGCAGAGGGAGCUGUUGAGCAACACAUUAUCCCCCCUGUAAAUGAUGCCGCGUCCUCGCUGGCCUGCAUAACACCAGUGAUUGAACAACUGAGUCAACAGGACUCCCCUUCAGAUGUUGCUGGAUCCUCUCUGGGAUGUUUGACACAAGUACCUGACAAUUCUACACAGUCCCCGGACGCAUCAACAUCCGGUACAGAAGUGACCCAAAUUCAUCCAAGUCUCACAAUAUUUCCAGACAUGCUGUCGGAUCAGGUGCCUUCAGAUCCAGAUGAACCGUUUUUCAUCCUCUCUUUGACUGAAAUCCCGGUCUGUCCAUCAGGGGAGGUGGUGGACAGCGUGUCUGAGCCCCUCUCUUAUCUCCCUGCAACAGAUGCAUCGGUACAGCAACAGAGCAGUGAUCUCGGAGCAGCAGAUGGACUUCUCUCUGAUGUCGCUGUACCUGCGUCCACGGAGGAGAGUAGUGAAACAGGCCUCGUUGGGUCGGACACAGCUGCACAGAUGCAUUCGAUCGUGGAGAACCCAGUGGAUCCACAUGAGAGUUCUUCAGUCCAGCCAUCCAUGUUAGCAGAGGCUGCAGAGAAUGAUGACGAGGCUGAACCCCCUCCCUCAAAACAGAGACCAGGAAGAGCCGCCAAACUGCAGGUUAAGCCCAAAACUCAAAGGAAGAGACAAGCCAGCAAGGAAGCAGAGUCAACCCCAGCUCAGGACUCAGAGCUUCCUGGACCGUCUGAGGAGCCAAAAGUCAUGGAUGAGCUCAGCGAUGAGCCACAAAAAGAAAGCGGCGAUCGCACAGAUUUGGAAAAGGAGAUCCCGACAGGUGGGAAAGACCCUGAGGAUAGCAGCUCAGGAGCACAGACUACAGGGAGGAGGGGGACUAGUAGUCGGAAAAGAAAACCCAAAAGCUUACAUCCUGUCUCUGAGACGAGCAUCACAAGCGAUUCUGCACCGAACAAACCAGCUUCAAAGGCCAAAACGUCACGUGCUGCAGGUAAACGAUCCGCCCGAGCACAGGUACGCUCGCCAUCAGACAACCGCUCUCCUACACCCGGUCCAACACAGCCGCCACCGGAGGAAGAAACCCAUUCGGCACCCUCUAACACAUCCCCGACACAAACGGAGGCGGCCGUCGUACAGACCUCUGAGCACGGCCGACUCUGCUCAGACCCGGCUCCGAGCACUUCUCCAUGGACGGCUGAGGUUUCAGCAUCCCAGCAAAGUGACAGCCUGGAGAGCAGCUCUAUGGAAGAGGAGGAGCCCAUGAGCGUGUCUCAAUACUUCUUAAGUGACAUUUUUACAGAAGUGGAGGAGGGAUGAAAGCCAUAGAGAGGAGGAGCGAGAGGAGACUUUUUUUUCUUUUAAAGAUCUGUUGUAUUAAGUUAUGUCUGUAAAGGUUAAUUUAUAACUAAGACUGUUUUGUUCUUGUUGUUUUUGCUGUCAGAUGUAAUUAACUGAAGCUAAAUUUAAUAUACUGACAUGCAUUUUCACUUUCACAAGCACUUUGAAUAUGUACAGUAGUUUCAAUUUACUGAAUUUUUUUUUAAACAGCCAUUAGUUCAAAUAACUAAAAACAACUGCUACAUCACCAGUUUAACUUAAAGAAGUGUCAGCUUUUCCCCAAGUAUUCAUUAUGUUUCGAGCCUCGGAUCCAUUCGUUUUGUUGUUUAAAGAUAUGCGAGCGUGUAAAUAUUGUACAAUAACAAACUGGUUUAUGAUUUUUCUUUUCUUCCCACGUCUGUUCCGUUAACAUAGACCACAAGAUUGGUUUCAGGAAAAAAAAAAAAACUGGAUUACUUGCAAUCAUGUACAAUUGUUUUUGUGUAAUGUUGUGCUAAUUUUUAAUAUGUUCUAAACAAAACAUUCUGAAACAAAUCUGCUCGUAUUACCAAAAAAGGAAUUGUCUUUUCAUUUCAGUUCGUAGCAUUGUAGCAGCCGACUCCAUACAGAGCAGAGGUUUGUUCGUCCUUGUACUGUCACACAGCGUUCAGAUUAUUAUGGUUGAUACUUGAAAUGAGAACACAUCAUGUGUUAUCGACCUUAAGUUUCAUUGGUUUAUUAAAAGUUCAAAUGUGGGAUUAUGUAAGAUCUGAAUAAAAUAUAUUCUUCCACCGA